AUGAAUGAUGGGGAGACUUUGCUCCGACAUCAAAGGUUUCGACAAUUUCUUUCAUCGUUUCAAGAGAAUGGAGAGAAUAUCUAUCAUUCUCGGAUAAAAGGAUUACUUUCCAAAACAUCGCUAUCAUUACAGCAACCACAUACGACCAAUGAUUAUUUUAGGCUAGUUGUGGAUUUGAAUCAUAUUCGGGAUUUUGACCCAGCACUUUGUUUUAAAUUACAGAUGGAGCCUUCGAGCUGCAUACCGACUUUUGAACUGGCAUUGAACGAGGAAAUACAAAGAAUGGAUAGUAAAUAUUUUGAUAUGAAUACAUCCUCUAGGAAUUUCAUAGGCCUUACAGGAAAUGCAAUGCAUCACAUCUCUCCUAGGUUUUUACAGUCCUGUCAUAUAGGAAAAAUUGUCUGUGUAGAAGGAAUCAUUACUAGUUGCUCAUCGAUUUGCCAGAGGCUGUUAAGCUCAAUUCAUUAUUGCGAAGCUACAAAAAAGUUUUUGAAAGUGGAAUAUUUAAAUAAUAAUUCGUCAGAGAAUUUCUUUAUCAACCCAAUACCAGUGGAGGAUUCAGAAGGAAAUAUUUUGGACUUUGAAUUUGGACUUUCAGAUUUUGUGGAUACUCAGAAGAUUGUCUUACAGGAUUUACCAGAAAAAUCUCCUGUUGGACAACUUCCUAGAUCUGUGGAAUGCAUCCUUGAAUGUGAUUUAUGUGAUACAAUUAAGCCUGGUGAUAGAGUCAAAGUGUAUGGGAUUUACAGAGUUCUAUCGAUACCAGGCCAAUCAAAUAGGAAACAAUCAGUUGCCAAACUUGCUUUAAUUGUAAAUAACAUUGACAAAAUCAAAGGAUACAUUUCACCCCUAAACGACAUAUCUGUCAAAGAUGGAGUAUUAAUUCAUCAACUCUCCCAAUGUCCGAAUAUUUUCGACAUUUUAUCCAACUCUGUAGCUCCUUCAAUAUACGGGCAUGACAUUGUCAAAAAAGCUCUGCUUCUUUUAAUGCUUGGCGGAGUUGAAAAGAAAUUUGAAGACACAUUUACAAAAAUACGAGGCAACAUCAAUAUUUUAUUAAUUGGUGAUCCCUCCACAGCAAAAUCUCAAUUUUUACGAUUUGUGUUAAACACAUCACCCUUAGCAAUUUCAGCAAAUGCAAGAUCGUCAAGUGGAGUAGGUUUAACAGCGGCAGUUGUUUCUGACUCAUCAACGAACGAAAGAACUCUCCAAGCAGGAGCAAUGGUAUUGGCAGAUGGAGGAAUCGUUUGCAUUGACGAACUGGACAAAAUGACUGAUGUUGAGAGAGUUCACAUGCAUGAAGUCAUGGAACAACAGACAUUUUCAGUAUUUAAGGCUGGAAUUGCAGUAUCUCUAAAUGCUAGAUGCUCUGUACUGGCAGCCUGCAAUCCAAUCUAUGGAAAAUAUGACAGAAGUAUAUCCAUUCAGAGAAAUAUUCAACUUCCAGAUUCUCUCCUCUCCCGUUUUGAUCUUGUAUUUGUACUCACCGAUGACAAUGACUCCCUUCUCGACAGAGAAAUUGCCACCCAUGUUCUUUCCUCUCACAAAUAUUUUCAUGAUUCAUUGAAGCAAGAACUUCUUAAAGACGAAUUGAAUAGUACUCUCUUCUCUCUUAAGAAGGAUUACGCUGAUGAAAUUAGCUACUCUGAUGCUGAGAAUAUUAUCAAAAAUCAGAGAAUUUUGAUUCAUCCCUUUUUAGAAAUGAUUUCACAAAAAUAUGUACAGCUACGAAAUCAGUUCAUGAAUGUAAAUAGCCAACGAAAGACCUAUGCACCUAUUACUCCUAGAACUCUAGAAUCCCUUAUUCGUUUAUCUGCAGCUCUUGCAAAACUUCAUUUACGCGAUGAAAUCCUUGAACAAGAUGUCGAAAUGAUUUUUAACAUAUUUGACAGUAGUUUGGACUAUUUAAAUUGUGGAAUGAAACGUCAACAAAUGAUGACUCUUUCUGAACUUCCAUCCAAGAAAAAGAAAAAAGACUCAUCGAAUAAGAACAACAACAACAACAACAUCACACCUCCAAAUUUUGACUAUGUGUCCUACUUGAGAAAUCAUUUGAUCAGAAAGACACAAAGUGGAUCUAUUCCACUCCAUGAAUUUAAACAAUUCAUUCUUGGACAGACUCCAAAAAUGGUAGAAGAAGAUGUGUUGGAUUUAACUCUACAACAGUUUCACGAACAAGGAUUUUGUGUAUUGAGCCCCGACAUGAAUAAUGUUCACACCAUUUACCGAUUUUCGUGA